AUGAUCAUUCCAAUCAGAUGCUUUACCUGCGGCAAGGUCAUCGGAGAUAAAUGGGAGACCUAUAUCGGAUUCCUGCAGUCAGAAUACAGUGAAGGUGAGUAACUGUUCUUUUACACUCACAUUAUUGGUUUUCUUCUAGGAGACGCGCUCGAUGCUCUCGGUCUUCGUCGUUACUGCUGCCGAAGAAUGCUUCUCGCUCACGUCGACCUCAUCGAGAAGUUGCUCAACUACCAUCCGCUGGAGAAGUGAGUUACUUUCUGUUCAAUGUCUUAAAAUCUUCCAACUUCAGGUAG